ACAAGCAAACCACCUCCUGAGAAAUCACAGACCAGUUUUGAGGAACAGAAUAAGAGCGGCUCAGCCAAUCACAGCUCAAAGACAGGUGACAUCACUGUGGUCGAGGUCGAGAAAAAUGGCGACUAUAUCUGUCUGAAAAACACUUCCAGUGAGAAUAAACUUUUGUCAGGUUGGAAGUUAAAACUACAGAUCAACAACAGAGAAAGUGCCACAUACGAAUUUAAAGAAAACUUUAUACUGAAAGCUGGAGAGACACUCCUUUUACGGCAAGAUGCUGUCAACAAGCCAAUUAAAACUGAUGCUGACCUGCUGUGGAUGAACAUGGUCAACUGGAACACUGGAGACGACGUGAAGAUCGACCUCAUCAGCAACACUGGAGAAGAGCAGAUGCUGUUUAAAAACAAGAUCAUGUAAAAUAAUCAGAGUUACUUUUCUGAGGGAUAAAUUAAAUGAGAGCAUUAUUACAUUUUAUAUAUUUCAUAUCAUUUUAAGUCAGUUAAAAAUUUUGUGUUUUUAUUGAAUUAAAAAUAUGUAAAUAAAAAUAUCUUUAAAAAGGAGUCUUUAUUAUUUUGAGGUGCAACACAAAUGUGGACACACGAUGUGGACAAACAUGAGACUUUGCUUUUUCUAGAGCUGAGGGUGCAUGAGUGAAAACUUGAAAACAAGAUCUCUCUUUAUAUUUUACUUGGAAAAGUGAUUAUUAUUAUUUUUUAACAUAAGUCACAGCGACCACUUCCUAGUUUAGACUAUUUGCAUUACAGAUGUAAUUUUUGGUUUUUCAUCCUUUAUCACAGAUUAUAGAACAGGAGGUGUUUUGUAGUUAGUAUAGUUAACACUCUUCCAAGGUCCUGAGAAAUUAAACGAAUAACUUCGGGAUAAGGAUGAGGCCUUACCCCAUACCCAACUAAUUGGUGAUGAAAUGUGAAGUUACAAUUCUUUUCCAUAAAAAAGCAUUUUUAUUUUGUAUAUAAAUAAAUGUUGAUGUUGUG